AUGGCGAUGGUCUGGAUCCUGGUACAUCUGGCCUCACCACCAUCGUUAUCCACCGAUCUGCCCCACUCAGACGAAAGAAUUCGCCGGGUUAUCUCGACAAAGCGAGACGGAGGCCACUUCACGGUCUUUUCGCUAGCGGAUUCUGAAGAUUCGACGGCGGCUUCUUCAUCCUCGGGUCGCUCCGAACUCAACUCCCGUUUAAACGUCGGGAGGGUGCUCCUCAGGAACGUACAGUCCGGUCUGCGCUCAACAUUUUUACCGUCAGGGUAUCCAGCACGAACUCCUCCCGGAUACCUCCGCUACAGUGUUUGGAGCUGGGUACAGGACUUGUCGACACAGCUACGUUCCGUGCUGGCGACCCAACGUGUACUGGAAGGUGUCGGGGUUGGUCGAGAGGGCGCUACGGCUUUGUCAGCGUUGUUAAAUUUCUUGGUCCGUGACGGCUGCGGAAUGGCUGCGAGCUUGGCCUUUACAUCGGCUGCGGCCUCGCGUUUUCAAUCCGACGUUAAGCGGUGGCGUAUUUUUGCCGAUGUCAUGGUCGAUAUCGGUAUCACGCUUGAAGUCGCGGCGUCCGCUUGCCCACCCACCUUGUUUCUACCAAUGAUUUCGUUGGGUAACGCGUGCAAGGCAAUGUGUGGCGUUGCGGCCGGAGCAUGUGGUGGGGCGAUCAAUCUGCAUUGGGCGAAAGGAUCAGACAUUUCAGAUAUUCAGGCCAAGUUUGGUGCCCAACACACCGUAACUGGAAGCCUCGGGCUCGUGUUUGCCGCCUUUUUUGCCAAGUCCGUGUCCACUGUACCGGGAGGAAGGUUAUGGAUUUUGUACGCAGCCUUGACUGCCUUGCACGUCAUGGCCAACUUGCGAUGUAUGCGUAUAAUUCAUUUUGACGUCUUCAAUACCACACGACUGCGAUUAGUGUUACGCGCUCUCUUCGAAUCGGGUACACUAUCGAAUAAAACAGCAGUGACGACGGCAGAGAAUGGCAGCGUAUUUGAAAAUCCUCCUUUUCCCAAAACUAUGCCGACGCCGUCCGAAAUUGCACAGAUUGAGCCACUCUUGUUCCUGCCGCAGCCAGCCUCUGUCCCAAUAUACUUUGGAGUUUCGUUUGAUCGCUUCGCCAAAUUGUCGGGUAAGCCACGUGCGGAACUCGAAGAUUCGCUGCUUUACCGUGAACACGAAUCAUACAUAAUAAGCUCCGCGGCUUCGUCAUCGUUGAUAUCAAUGGGCAACGGCCGACGUUGCGUCGUAGUCGCCCUAAGCUCUGAAUGCACGCCAAUCGUUCAAAUUCAAGCUUACUAUCAUGCAUUUCUCCUAGCGCGCUUGCUCUCGCACUUGAAACCUUUUGAAAGAAACGGACCAAGGGAGGAUUCCGAUCGGGCCGAAUCAGCAGCGCGGCAGCAGGUCCAAGAGUAUUGGAAAAGCUUUGUCGACGCGGCGCAUCAUAAAGGUUGGGAUUUGACCAAAACGCAGCUCCGAACUCAGGGGUAUGAGAUUGAAAUUCAGUAGACGGGCGCUUAUGAAUAGAUGGAUCUUCUAUGCUUAAUGUUACGUGCACGGUUAUUUGAAUGACGAAUGAAGCUUUUGAUGUAGUUUUAAUUUCACGCAUAGUAAUGUGGUGAGCUGACGACGUCUUCUAACGAUUCCAGCUGCUCUUGAGUGAAUACUUUGCGAUGAAGUUCCCAAUUGUCCGACAUGUGCGUCUUUUUGUAAUCUGCACAACACCGCUUGACGGCGUCGCGCACUCCAAGCGGAGCAUUGCGCUCAAACGAAUGCUUCGAGAUGGCCGCCAAUGCGACCGGCACAUACGAGGGUGUCUCAUAUGGUUGAGAAUUGACAGCAGCACACAGGAAAAAGACAGACGAUUGCUGGUUCCGAAUACGUUUCUGCUCUUUCGCCCAACAAAGAUCGGACUCGUCGUCCUCUUCCAUAUUGUUCGUAUCUUUUUUCGUUCGCUUCAUUUUGGAUUUUGUUGCUAGUUUGGCAUACUUAUUCACCAUCGCGUUAAUUUCAUCGUCCGGCAAGGCAGACAAAAUACCUGUCAAGGCUGCAAUGGCAGCAGCUGAUACUUCGCGACGGUCAUCGGCUAGCAGUGCGGCUACAAUAGACAUAGCCUGUAAGCUGUUUUCGGACGAAAACAAGAACUUGUGGGACCCCUGAAAGCAUCGCAGAAAGUUGGCACUAGCAUGCCGCACUUGCCAGGUAGCAUGACUUGAAGCAUUCUCAACAAUUUUCAGCACACGUUGUAUAUCGUUCUGGCUACCAUAAGAGAUCACAGCAGUGAUGCUCAUUUCAGCGAUGCUGUAUCGAAAAGCUUUCGUCACUUCAGCUUCAAGUGCUCUUUUUGCUGUAUUUUCUUCUGGGCUGCUUGCAUCAUUGCCAUUAAUCUCGACUUCGACGGUAGACUUUAGAGCUUCAAAAGCAACAGGAAGCAAAGGAAUCACGUAGUCGGAGUACUCAAACUUGGCUUCUCCCAAGUGAACGCAGUAGGAAAUGAAGCGCCUAGUGGUACUCAAUGCAUUGUAUCGAUCGACAAACUUCCAUUCCUGACCUCUUCCUAGACUCUCAAGCUUGGCAACGAUCAUGCUACCCGGAUCGGAUGUAGACUCGGCUAUAAGAUUGAGCUGCAUUGCGCUGUUGUUUCGACUCGGGCCUCUUGAUGCGCUGACGCGUGCUCUUUUCCGGUGGCAAUAGCAUAUUCUGAACAAACAACGUGCGAUAUGAUCUCGGCAGCUAUCGAAUGGAUGGCCCAGGGCAUCAGUCAACCGCUGAAGAAGAACACUCGUAACAAGCUGCCAAGAAUCGUCUAGAUCCACCCUCGUCACGUCAGGAGCCAACAAUAAAGAAGACUUUUCGAUCAAACUUGGAGUGUACAACAUGGUACCUACUCCUGAGGGAAGCUCGUGGCUUAUUGUCUCGUCCAUCUCAAUCAGCACAGCUGAAAAGAGAUAGAGCCACUUUGACUGGGCCGUAAAUCCUUCAGUCCCAUUGCCCGGGACGGCGGGUCCUGCUUCAGCACUCGCCAUUUCAGUGUAACCUUCGUCGUCGGACGAAGGCUGCCAUAGCGUACUUCCGACCCUUUCUACCAACCAAGAGGUAAAAGGGUAGAACGAAGAAGGUGAGCAAAAUUGCAGAGCAUAGCGAAUUGCAUCGAAAUAAGCCCCAGAAAGAGAAAAAGGAAUUUUUGCCAUGACGUCUUCCAAAUGUGGCAAAAAAAGACUCUCCCACAAACUUGAAGGCUCGCCUCGGCAAGCUCGCAAAAACCAACCGCAUACGCCCGAAAAGAUCUCUGCCGAGGUUAUCUGCUGAUUUCGCUGAUCUUCACUGGGAAGGGCUGAUGCGAUGUCUUGGGAAAACGAGAGAAGGUGACGCGAUGCUGCUUCGGCUUCCGCUCUGGGAAGGCAGGACAAGACAAGCUCGACCACCUGGCUGUGCGAUACUUUGAAGGCGCCCAUGCUUUGGCUCGUUCUUUGAAACGGAAAAAGCGUGCGAGGGGCAACGUGGCGGGCAGAAUCGCGAAUGAUGUCUUCGACUCCUGCCGACCACUGUGCAUCGUGUCCUCCGCCAACACUGGUAUCCUCUUUGUGGUCAAAAACCAGUGCGUUACCAAAAACGAUGCAGAAACGCUUGUUCUUCAUUUUCUCUUGUAGGACGGACGUGUUGCCUUCGCAUUUCGCAAAAGUGACAAGUUUUCCAAACAGUCCGAGUGCGACACGUUGCAACGGUUGUCCUGCCUCGCUCUCCAAGAUUCGAAAACAAGCAUUCCAUAUCUGUGAAGACAAAUCUUCAACCCUCAUGUCAUCAAUAUCCACAAAAGCCUCCAAAAACCAACAUGCCAUCAAGAGUUUCCUCCAGUGGACGGCUCCUCUCUCUGUAGAGCUAUCUUCAUCUUUUGAGUCUUCCUUUUCCGUUGCGUUUUCACGAAGAAUUUCCAGGACAUAGCGAAGAGUUGCUUGAUGGUACUCCUGAUCUACCGGUGACAUAUGCGGAAGCCAAUAAAACCGGGAUCGGAAGGGAGAGAAUACCGACUGAAGAUAAAGAACAACCUUCUGCAUCUCUUCGGUUGGCAUGGCUGCUACGAGACUAUCGGUUCCGAGAACAGCUUGAGCGAACUGGAAUCUCAUCUUCUGAGUUCCGAGCGCAAACUUCAUGGCUCGCUGCUGAGACAAAAUGGAACACACUCCUUUUAUUGAAUCUGCGAGUCGCUUUCGCUUCCCUUGGAAGUUGACGUUAGAGAGGAGUGCCGCACAUGAUGGGAUACCAAAUGUUCCGUUCAUUGUUUCGUCCUUCAAAGAAAUCGCGGAAAGGAGCCGUGGAAUGCGUGACGCGACAAGCCAUCCGAAGCGCGUCAUCGCGUAGUCAAUGACGCUGAUGGCAGAAGCACGUACUCGAGCGUUUGCAUGGCAACACAAGGCAAAGAGUCCAUCGACAAUACCCUCGUAAGCAUCUAAAGGGCGAGUCGUCUUGGAGACGAGAAGCGAUUCUAGGUACUCAGCCAUGUCCAUGAGACUUGUUUUGACGCUGAACAAAGUAGUCUUGGGACUGUUUAGGUCGCACUCAAGCCGUCUAAGACUACGAGGUACCUCGAAGCUGGCAUUGCGUUGUAAGGAGUCAUGAAAGAGCUGUACACGGGUGACUAAGAGGCGACGUGGUACAGUUUUUCCGGCAUCUUCACCAUCCUUGUACUGAACCGACGUGCUGCUUGAGAACAUGUCAGCGCACUGGAGACCUUCCCCAACGUGAUC